AUGAGCGAGCAUCAUCUGGCAGAAAGCAGCUUUGGAGAUCCAAACGCUCAACCCCCCACGCCCGACCAAACGCCCAAGACAGCCACCCUUCCAAGUCCCGUCUUCGAAACCCCAAAGCCCUACCAGGGCUCCUUUGCCGAGGCCGGCGACUCGACUCCUCGGUUUGCCGAAGAAUACUCCGUCUUCAACGCUACUCCAGGCAAUCUGCGGGGCUCGCACUCCUUUCCAGACUUCGUUCCUGCAACAGGUCCCGGCUCACUCGCUGGUCACAAACGCCUGUUAUCUGCAGAAGGCUUUGCGGUCGAGUUCGCGGCGCACCCAAAUCACCAUUCACCUAACCCCGGUGCUUCUGCUUCUCUGCCCGCCGCCCCCCUCUCCCCUCGAUUACCAGCCUCCCCGGUCCCGUCAAAAGUUGACGCGAGCUCGUCAACCACGAAUCCCAAGUCCCAGUCAAACCCUGCCGCACUGACCAGGACCCCCCCCUCCUCCAAGAGAGUCCGCAGAGAAACCAUCGGUGAAAAGGGACGGGAGCCCGAGGAGGAACCGGAACCGGAACCGGAACCGGAACCGACCCAAGUCAUCUCACCGCCACCCACGGCUCGCAAGGGAGAGCGCAAGCCCACCCUGAAGUUCACCAUGCAACAUGACCAAGGUUUCGGGCAUGCAGACCUCCACGAACCCUCGCAGCAGGACAUGGCGGCACUCAUGGGCAGUGUUGGCGACUUGUUUGGCUAUCCCAUGUCGGCUCCGGCCAUGACCCAACCCAACUUUUGGGAUCCGUCCAUGCCCCUGGACAUGGACCUCGAUUUCGCCGCGGCAGCUGCUGCCAACUUGUUUCAACCAGCCACAUCAUCGUCAUCGUCUCACCGCAAUACGGGCUCGUUUGAUUGGAAUAGUGAAAUCCCGCUCUUUCAGGAUCCCAUCGCGCCGCCACCGCCGUCGUCGAAUCAAGAGAAUGUCCAGCCUGCUCGGCAGGGGAGAAUGUUCGCCCUCAAGCCAGCGGCAUCAACCUCGGACGUUGCAUGCACCAACGCUGACGGCGCUUCCAUACCAUCAAGUUACGCUGCUGCUGCCACUGGUCUGGACGAUCCAUUCAGCAUAGCAGAUGCGGGGGAUGCAGUUGAUCCAGGUCUUCUCUUUAGCCGCCCGCAAAGUGCAUCCGUAGAUGCCGAAAUGGGCGGCUUGAUUCAGUCCGGCACUGCUGAGGCGGCCAUUACAGGCUCAGGGUCCGGAAAGGCAACAGGCCGGGGGACCCGCACGUCGGGAAAUUCCAGGGAGAGAAAAGCCAACAACAACUCCAGGGGUCCUGACCGGAUCGUUGCCAGUUCGCCUGUUCAUGCGCCGGGCAGACCCGGGCUGGGGCGAAGUGCCAGCGAGAGUCGGGCGGGGAAGCCGGCGAGACGAGGCUCGCUCCCGGUCCUGGCCCCGGCGAUCCGGGCAGCCGAUGGGCCUGGGCUCACGGCGAGCAAGUCGACUGGCCGCACGGGCGGGAGGACGUCGCCGUUCAAGACGCAACAGCGGCUGUCCAGCCUGGCGUCCAUACCCGAGACGUCUCCGCAUUCCUGCAUACGCACCUCUGUGCGGCUGAGAAUCGAUGCCCACGGACGUGCUCACACGGAAACCACAGUGCUGGGCGGGCGCGGCAGCCCCUUCAUAACCAGAAGCCAAAGCUCCCAAAACCUGUCGAGCAAUCGAAGCUAUUCGUCGUCGGAGGGCGAGGACACGGACUCGGACGACGAACCCAUCAUCAUCCCCAGCCGCAACCACUCCUUCAACGCAUCCUUUGCCCUGCCGGACCCUCGCAAACCCGUGGGCUCGCUGUUCCAACUAUCCACGCGAAGCUUGAGCGACAGAAGCAACAGCAAUUCGGCAAACGACGGAGAGAGCGAAGCAGAGACGGUGGUCAACGAGAAGCCGGGCAAGGUUGGCGACGCCGCGAGCGAGCUGCGCAAGGUGGUCAUGGACCGACAGAAACGGUCCCUGCGGCUGGGCAGCUCGAGGUCGCUCGACACGAGCGUGCGCGUGCGCAGCUUUGCAGGCGGCAUCGUCUCGCCGACCAGCCUCGCCGGGUCGAGCUACGGGCCAGACAGCUACGGCGUGCGGUGCGUGUGCAGCAACAGCAAGGCUGACGAAGACGGCUUCAUGGUCCAAUGCGAAUCCUGCGAGAUGCUGCUUCACGGACGGUGCAUCAACAUCAGCAUGCGCACCAUGCCCAACGUGUACAUUUGCGGAUUCUGCGCAAACACGCCCAACAUGGCGAGGCGGCGGACGCGGGACAGCCAACGGAGCAAUGCUCUGGGCAUCGGGACGCUGCAGUCCCCUCUGGCGAACAAGUCGUUUAGAUCGUUUCGCUAG